AUGCCUCUUCGUCGGUCGAACGUCCUCCUCUCCAAACUGGGCCCAUCAAAGGGACGAGGACCAUUGACUGCCAAGAGAGCGCCGAGUCUUCGGAAAGGGUUUGGUAGCAUCGGACUUGGAACACACACUAAGAAAGGUUUCUUCAUGAUCGACCCGAGAUUCGUCCCUCAGUUCAAAGUCCCCGACCUGACUGAUUGCCCGUUGAAGCCUUACGUCUCUCGACAGACGCCUGUGAUUAAUAACGCGAGGGGAUUCUGGCCUGGUGGGAAAAUCAAUCCAUGA